UCACUUAGAAUGAAAGAUAUAUCACGGACCUAUCAAUACCGAAAAGUGAUGAAACCGAUGUUAGAGCGCAAACGUCGCGCUCGCAUCAAUCGGUGCUUAGACGAGCUGAAAGAGCUCAUUGUCGGUGCUUUACAAUUACAAAAUCAAGCUCAUGACAAUGAAAACAUAAGCAAAUUAGAAAAAGCUGACAUUCUAGAGCUGACAGUGAGUCAUCUGCAUGCACUAAAACGUGCAAACCGCUUAGCUGCAGUUCCUGAAGCAUCUUACGCAGAGCGCUUUCGCGCUGGAUUUUCGCAUUGUGCUGCUGAAGUGUCACAAUUUUUGGCUACCGCUUCGACAUCAGACGGUGUUCGCGUCGAUCAGCGCGAAGGCGUCAAAUUGAUGCAGCAUCUCGGCGGCUGCAUCCGGAGGCUGGAACUGAACACACCGCCACCGCCUCCCAGAAGCCCUUCCACGGUCGCGAUCGCUCCGAGCCCCGCCCAGGAGAGAAUGUUCGUGCAGCCACAGCGACCGCAACAGAUCGCUCGCCUUCCGCAUCAAAUGCAGAAUCAACCCAUCACCCAAUCGGUUGCAAGCCAAGACAUGUGGAGGCCCUGGUGAAUCAGGCCGAUUCAAACCUUUCCAAUUUUCAAUAAUUAUA